CGACAGUGGGACACAGCACACAAGCCACACCGGCAAUGGGGCACAGCACACAAGAACUCAUGGAUUUUGAUCCCGAACCCAUUCAAAUUUCCACUUCAUUGUCCAACGAGACCCUGAAGCCAACCACCAGCACCCCUGAGGAGGUGCAGCAAGGUACCCAGCACCCAGUCACCCAGCACCCAGUCACCCAACACCCCGGCCAUGCAACCCCUAGGGGGCAGCUCAAGAGAAGCAGCCCAAGCAGUGGGUAUCCUGGAAAGCCAAACAAGAAGAGAAUUCUGGACAAAUGGAAGCUGGAAGUCGCUAAUCAGCUGACGCCAAUGGUGUCCCCUCCAGUAACCUGCAACCGAGCCACGCAGAAAAACCUUCCCAUCCAGAAGAAGAAACUUGAGUUUGCAGACAAAGCAGUCGGCCUACCAGAAUGCAUCAUCUCAAGACUCGGACCAUCACCCCUAAAACCAGCCAAGUUCUGGCAGUAUGUCAGCAAUGAUGUUGAAGACUAUGAGAAGAUAAAGAAUAUGCCGCAAGAUAUUAUGGAGACAAUCCCAGAUGCAGUGUUUUCAUAAUGUGAUAUAUGCAGAGUGUGUGAUGACUGAUGUCUUUCCAGUCACUACUGUCUAACACUACUGUCUGGUUUAAGCCGGCCUCAGGUCGACCUGCGAUUUUCUUGCGCCCGCAACAAACUGUCGGCAACGCGCAGACAACGUAUGCCCAGGCCACAACAACUGAGAAAUCUUGCGCCUAAGAUUGGUUACCGUUCGUCGGGAUCACGUCCUACAUGUUAAAACUGUUCUACUCUUGCCACUGUUCAUUUGUUUCGAGCGGCGGCUGUUUCAGAUUGUCUAUAUAUCAUCGCAGUUACGCUCGGGUCGUAAAUAUACGCCGACUGAAAAGUUCCAAAGGGUCUUAGCUCAGGUGCAUUGUGAUCCUGAAAAGUGAGUCACUGACUGUUUCUUGUUGCACAAGGUCGACCUGAGGCCGGCUUUACAUUUCGAUCCAGCUGUGAUCACAGAAUGCCAAAUUUAAACAUCAUGGGUUGUAGAACAGUGUCCUUCCCUGCUCAGGUUUUUUAAAGAGAAUGAAAUUGUUUUGUUUACAGAUUUGUCCAAGUUGGAUGGUUAUUUAUUUCAAAGUUUGCAUUUAUGGCAGCUUGUAAAGUUGCAUCAAAAUGAAUUAAAUCAAACAUU